UGCCCCCACGGCCGUAUACGAGGUACAUGCAAGGAGUGCGGGGGAGCCAGCUUCUGCCCCCACGGCCGCAGGCGAUCUACAUGCAAGGAGUGCGGGGGGGCCAGUAUCUGCCCCCACGGCCGCAUACGAUCUCGAUGCAAGGAGUGCGGGGGAGGCAGCUUCUGCCCCCACGGCCGUAUACGAUCUCAAUGCAGGGAGUGCGGGGGAUCCAGCAUCUGCCCCCACGGCCGGAGGCGAUCUCAAUGCAAGGAGUGCGGGGGAUCCAGCGUCUGCCCCCACGGCCGUAUACGAUCUGGAUGCAAGGAGUGCGGGGGACCCACCUUCUGCCCUCACGCCCGCAGACGAUCUCGAUGCAAGGAGUGCGGGGGAGCCAGCGUCUGCCCCCACGGCCGUCAGCGAUCUACAUGCAGGGAGUGCGGGGGAUCCAGCGUCUGCCUCCACGGCCGUCAGCGAUCUCAAUGCAAGGAGUGCGGGGGAUCCAGCAUCUGCCCCCACGGCCGUCAGCGAUCUCGAUGCAAGGAGUGCGGGGGA